AUGAAUGCCAUUCUGACUAUUUCGGCUUUAACUGCAGCUACAGGCAUUGUUGUUAGCGACCAAACCGCUCUUCAUGAUGACAUGAAAGAUGGUGGCCUCCACUAUGCAAGUCGUGGUCAGGUCUUCCGCGAUGAUAACCUGGACACCGAAACCAUUGCAGGCCUCGAUGCGGAAUGGAUGGGAGCACGAACAUCCUUAACUGCCGACGAAGAGAAAAGGCUACUACGUCGAGUUAAUUGGCACAUUAUGCCUCUUUGUACAAUUAUGUUUCUGCUGAAGAAUAUAGAUUCCGAGACUGUUUCAAACGCAAAGAUUAUGAAUAAAGGAACAGACAGAAUUAUCCUGGAACAGCUCGGAAUGACCGCUAAUCAAUAUAGUCUCGUUACGGUUCUUUACUACAUCAGUUGGGGUAUUGCGCUUGUCUGCCAUGCAGCAGUCAAGAAUAAAGAUGGAUUAUGCGCUGUGUGCUUCCUUCUCGGCUUGUUUGAAGCUGGACUCUUCCCUGACGUUAUUCUUCAACUAUGCUAUUGGUACCGAUCCGAUGAAACGUCGCUACGGUUGCUUCACUUUUAUAUCCUUGGCAACCUUUCCGGAAUUAUCAGUGGUGUGUUAGCAUACGCAUUCGAUACUGUCUCCGGCUCACAUGGCCUAUCUGGUUGGCAAUGGCUUUUCCUCACAGAAAGAAUCAUUACCAUCGCUUUCAGCAUAUCACUAAUACUCAUAUUCCCGGAUUAUGCCUACUCCUUCGAGAGGAUCAAUCGCAAUACUAACCAUGUUAUACCAGGUCCUCCACAAGCGAAAUGGCUGACUGAGAAACAGAAAGCGUUCAUCCAAGCCCGACUACCACGCAAUGCCCCCAGGGCGGAAGAACUCAACAUCAACUUCCGUGAGAUCGUCGACUCUCUGAAGGACAGCCGUCUCUGGCUCUUCACCUUGAUAUGGGUCUUCUUCACCGUGGGAACACACGGUCUAAGGUUCUACCAACGCACCAUGAUUUCCAAUCUCGGAUUCACCGACAUCGCAACCUCCCAACUCCUGAACAUCCCCACCUCUAUCCUAACCGUCCUCUGCAUUGGCAUCUUCGGCAUCUGGGUCGUCAGCUCCCGUGCCCCGCGUCCACUAUACCCGCUUUCGUUCCUGAUCGUGAUCCUAGCCUGCUACGGAGUCCUCUACAGCUACCCCAGCAAUGGAGCCGUCUACGCGGUGACUGUCAUCGCGAACGCACUAGGAAGCGCCUGGUUCCCGUUGAUGUGGCCACGGCGCGUGCAAACCACAAGCCUUGCAACGGGAUCCGCCAUUUCGAUCGGCUUUGUGAAUAGCUACGUAUGCGCCGCAUUACACGGCGCCGUUUGCGGCCUCGAUGAGGUUAAUCGCGGCUUGUAUUUGGACUACUCUUGGGACAUGGUGGGUUACUCGGGACAUUGA